AUGGACCCGUACAGCUUGCCGCGGCCGCCGCCGCCGCCGCAAGGAUGGGGCUCCGGCCACUCGUCUGGUCUUAAUCCGCAGCAAGGAAAUGCGAUGCAGUACCACCACCCGCGCGACUACAUGUACACGCCGGACGAUCUCGUCAUUAAGACGCUCACGGACGAGCUCGACUUUGAUUUCGCCGAGUUUUAAGGGGAUGGAGAAUAAUGUCAUGUGUCAACGACGACCACGAUUGCCGGUUCCAGAGUCCACUUCUAUACAGUACGUCUCCAAAUACCUCCCUGGAUUGAAAGGGAUAGGGU